UGGCUGGUCUGGCCAAGUCAAGUCGAACGAUGUCAACAACAUGUCUGCUGCGAUGGAUGCGAUGCAAAGGAAAAUUAAUCAAAGCAUCGGAACGUUAGAGUGACCAAACUUGUUAUUAAUGUUUUAAUGUGCACCGUUCAUCCAGUGGCGAUACUACCGCAAUGUAACGCCACUUUGUAAUGAGCUGCUUUAAUGUGGCUAAAAAUGCUGUUUAGGUUGUUGAAGAAGAGAGCUGUUCUUGGCGUAAUUUUCACUCUGUCUUUUCUGUAUUUCAUAUCUUUUCUUGUGAACGAGGGAGGACUGGAUGUUGAUGGUAACGACGACGUCAGCGGGCUCUCUAUUCCUGUCAAGUCCUUUGAAUGGCACAAAGAGGAGAAGAACCACUCCGGAUCAUUAAACAGCUGUAGGAAUUCUGUGCAGGGAAAAGCCCUUGUAGCAGACGACAGGGGUUAUGUCUGUCAACGGCUGGAAGUUGAGCCCAGUGGCUGCUGCAGAAUGGAGGCUUCCAGUACCAAGCGUUACGUUUGCGAUACUUGUCUGCCUCACGGCUGCUGCAGCAUUUACGAAUAUUGCAUCUCUUGCUGUAUGCAUCCAAACAAGAAAGCUGUCCUGCAGAAGACUAUUGGUCAGGCUUCCGAGACAUUCAAAGUGCUGUUUGCUUCCAUAACAGACCACUUUGAGUUGUGCCUCACAAAAUGCCGAACCUCGUCGCAGAGUGUACAGCACGAAAACUCCUACAGAGACCCGAAGGCGAAACACUGUUACACAGAGGGCAUUUCCCAUCCGAACCAUCCUAGCAAGAACACAAACUCAACUGCAUGAGGGCGCCGUCCGGCCAGCAGCCAUUGUACAGUCCACCACCGUAAUGUCGCCGCUACGUGACAUCGCAUAUCCAUGUCACCUGUUUGUAAAUACACCCUAUAAGUGGACAGAUAAUUCCUCAUUGUCUGUGUUGUAACUGGGUUAGCGUGACAGAAUACACUGCCCAUGUGACAAGAGGGGGGUUGAGAUAGCUUGCACCCCGUAUUAGGACAUGUUCUCAUUCAUGUAUUUUAUUAAGUUGAGUAUGCACAUAUGAAGUGAUUUGUGUCAUUUGACGAUUAUUCAGACAGUUGCACCUAGAAGCAGCGGCAUAACAUGGGUUGCCAGCAGGUUCAAGGGGUGAAACGGGUGUCCCCCCCUUCCCAAAAGAAAGAUUAACACUGUCAUACACAACUCAGUUUUCUUCGAUGUGCCGUUCUCAUAUAGAUCUUCAUAACGAACCCUGAGACUGGGGAAAAACACACUAAACAGGAGUCUCAAAUAGCUCUCAUAUACUUCCGACACAUGAAAAGCAGACAAUUGCUGUCAUCGCAUAUCUGUCAGAACGUGCAGAGGAAAAUUAACUCUGCAAACCGAGUCACCCUCCUGACCCAAAUGUCCCGUGGUCCCAGGAAAACGUAAGCGCGGUGGAUGCCUAAGUCACGACCCAUCUUCUACCGAGUCCUCCUCACGACCCACAAGUCCAGUGGUCCGGGUAUGUACGUGCGCGCUCUAUGUAUUCCCCGUUGCCCCUUCCAAUUGAGUCGCCAGAAAAGGUACAUAUUGAGAGGUUUUCUAAGCAGACACUUUUGACAGAUUUCUUUCCUCCAUAAAUUGUAAGUUUGUAACAAAUAAAUUGUGUUUGUAAAAUAAAAUGAAUUGAAUUGAAA